AUGAUUUUGGCAGGUACUAAAUAUGAAUCAGGCAGUGCAAAAGGUCCUGGCUAUGGUUACGCAUCGUUUAUAACUUUAACCGAGUUUCUUGAUCCUAACAACGGGUUUCUUGUGAACGAUUCUUGUACUAUUGAGGCUGAAGUUUGUGUUGUGAAUGAUGGUCAUCAACAUCAUCCUAAUGAUAAUCGCAUAGUGCCUUUGGUUACAAGAAAUAACGACAACAACAACUUAGUGGAUUUCAAGGGUUUAUGCAAAGUGAAAAAAGAUUUUGUUUCACUACUGGAGGAAGCAUGUUCUAAGCAUCCUAAACUUGUUGAAGGUCAGAAAAGGAGAAAUCAGAGUGAAAAGUUUAUUGAAAACUCGAUCAUGACUUUGGGAAAAGUUCUUCAUUUUCUAAAGAGUCAUAAAGAUGUAAAGGACUGUACUGAUGAUGCUGUUAAGGAGUUUCAGAAUUUGUGGAAGGAACUUGAGUCUUUUGGAUUUGAUGAUCUCACUUGGUUGGAAAAUGAUGUUAAAAUCUAUAUGGUGAAAAAGUUGAACGAGAAUGUUGAUCUUGGAGGAGAAAAAGGAGAAUUGUUGAAAGUAGAUUAA